AUGCCCUCUUUGCACCACAUAGAGUACAGUAAAAGCUCCAGAGCAAAAUGUCACGGCCCCGCGCCAUGUAGAGGCACAGCCAUUGAGCAAGGUGCUCUUCGGUAUGGCAAGACAAUCAAAACCAAGUGGGGCGAAGGCGUCGAAUGGCGUCACUGGGGUUGUGUCACGCGUGCCAUUCUUGUUCAAAUAGCGGGAUAUGGUAUGGAACGCGUGGAUGGCUUUCAUUUUCUGCGGACAGAAGAUCAAAAGAAGAUCCGCACGGCUCUGGCAACUCGACGCAUUGACCCUGCUGAUAUUCUAGCAUCGGCGAAAUUACCGUCCGCGCUUCCUUCUUCACAGGCGUCUUCACAACCGAAACCGACCGCAUCAUCGAACGAUAAAAAGAGAAAGACGCCUCACGUCACGAUUGAAGCUAGCUCGGAAGGAAAUGCCCCAGCCCAAAACGCUCCGACCCCUGCAUCUCAAACACUCGCGACGCAAAGAGCCCAGGCAGUCGCAAACAUUCCGGUUGAUGCACGCUGGGAGGAAGGAGCAGAGGACGAGGCACUAGAAGAAGAACUGAGAGACGAGCUCUAUUGUACGAAGAGCACCAAUGUGGUUGGUGUCCAGUACUACGGAGGCAUGGUCGCAGCAGGAGAACAAGUCCUUUUGGUCAGAGAGCCUCAUAACCGUUUUGACAGAAAUGCGAUACAAGUAAAGAAUAUAGGGCAAGCGCAAGUCGGUCACAUUCCUCGUGACAUUGCAUCCAAAUUAGCACCGUUGAUGGACCAGCGGCGUGUAACUGUCGAGGGAACCAUGAAUGAAGGCAAUCGUACGACCCUAAAGAUUUAUGGAGCCUCGGACUUGCGCGACCAGCUCGAGCCUCUUCUCGUAUGGGCAACACCCGGUCAGCGAGGAUUUCCGAAACGCCAGACUGCUGGGCAAAUCGCGACCGCCUCCGCAGCUGGGUCUGGCCCAUCUGACUCGCAAAUGGGUCCAGGCCCUGCAUAUCCUUCUCCUUCACAAGUUUCUCGAAUGAGUCCUCAAGAGCUCGCCGCUCAACAGAAAAGAAUUCAGCAGCAGCAGGAGGCAUUUGCGAAGGCCGCAGAACUACGACAGAUGUUGAACAAUCUAGAAAAGGUGGACGAUGAGGGAAGGAGAAGCAGCUUAUUGGAUACCUUAUGUUCGACGGAAGAUAUCUUGUCUUUACCUGUUCACGCGACUCCGCCUGGGAUCGCUAACGGAGAAUUGACAGUGAAUUUGUUAAAGCAUCAGAGUCAAGCACUCCGAUGGUGUAUUGACCGUGAAUAUCCGACCCUACCAAGUAAGGACGAGGACAAGCCCGUUCAGUUCUGGCAAUAUCGGACGACUGGAGCCAAGCCUUAUUAUUACAACAUUGUUACCAAGACGCCUCAAGAAGCUGCUCCCAUUCUUGGCCGAGGCGCGCUCUGUGCCGACAGCAUGGGUUUGGGCAAGACGUUGACGAUGAUCGCUCUAGUCUUGGCGACCAAAGCUGAUGUCCAAUCUGACUGCGGCCAAAGUACAUUGAUAGUUGUGCCCCUUUCCGUGCUCUCGAAUUGGGAGAAACAAAUCCAGGACCAUUGUGUUCCUGGUGCACUUACAUACUGCGUCUACUACGGCAGCACCCGCUCGAUGUCUGCACAAGACUUGCAGAAGUAUGACGUGGUGAUUACAACAUAUCAGACGGUUGCGGGCGAACAUGAGAACUUCCAAAGCAAUGCACCUGAAGCAUCGGAAUCAAAGGGUCCUAGUAAAAAGAGGAAGAAGCUGGACAGCAGCUUGUUCGGUGUUCACUGGAAGCGAGUGAUCCUAGAUGAAGGACACAACAUUAGAAAUCCCCGUACUAAGAUGGCCAAGGCUGUCUCUGCCCUGGCGGCGCAGAGACGAUGGGUUUUGACUGGCACGCCCAUCGAUCUCGGUUCUAUCCUCACGUUCCUUCGAAUUUGCCGCCCACUCGAUAACCCCGACUUCUACAAAAGACUUGUCCUUCGCCCACUCAAGGAUGGGGACCCGUCUGGUGCUGAGCUUCUAAGGGCUCUCAUGAGUCAGAUCUGUAUUCGCCGGACGAAGGAAAUGCAAGAUAGCGAAGGGAAUUACCUUGUUCCUCUUCCACCGGUCGAAAUGACAGUUGUUCCUGUGUCCCUCAGUCCCGAAGCGAGGGAGCUGUACGAUACGGUUGAACAGCUUUCGAAGCAGCGCAUUGAAGGCUUUAUGAACCGCCCUGAAGGGAUCACUAACGUCUCUAUCUCAACAAAUGCAUUGAGUAUGCUCACCCGUCUUCGACAACUUGCGCUUCAUCCAGGACUUGUUCCGGCUGAUUACGUCGAGCAACUUCGCCAUGCCGAUGAUGAACAUUCUCACGCAACCAUCCAGAUCACACCUGAGGUUAAGGUUCGCUUGCAGAGCCAACUCUUCCAGGCCAUAGAGGACAAUGAAGAAUGCCCAAUCUGUUUCGGGAUUUUGGACGAACCUCGCAUCACCGUUUGCUCACACCGAUUCUGCCUUGCUUGCAUCAGCGAAGUCAUAGCUCGUGAUCCUAAAUGUCCCAUGGACCGGCGCCCCCUUGGCCUAGGCGACCUUAUCGAGCCGCCACCACCGACAGAGUUGACUCAGGUGCCUGUACGGUCGGACGAAGAUGAGGAAGACAAGGGUGAUAUCCGUUCCGCCAGUUCAUCGGCUAAAAUCGAUCAAUUGGUGCACCUCCUGAAGCUGACGCCUCUGACCGAAAAAUCCCUUGUAUUUUCGCAGUUCACAUCUUUCCUGGACAAGGUGCUGCCGCUUAGUAUCCCAUACGUCCGAUUUGACGGGAAAAUGUCUGCGAGGAGGCGACAGGAGACUCUUGAACAAUUCUCUAUUCCCAUUGAGGAGAGCACGACCUCUACGCAAGCAGCACAGCCAUUUCAGACCGCUUCUCGGCCGUCUCGCAGAUGCUCUAGCACGCAGAUGACCCAGGAUGUAGCCGAUGAAGCCUUCCAAGACCAAGGAGAUGACGACGGCGACUUCCAUCCGAACGGUGCCCGGGAUGAUGAUGGCGAGGAUGAUUUUAUCUCUGACGACGACACCGUAUGGACGAAGAAGGGAAAAGGAAAGGCGAAGGCAAAGGCAAAGGGCAAACAUGCGACAAGAAUUAAGUCCUCGGCGUCCACAAGUGCCGCUUAUGACUCUGCCAUCCCCGGUGCGAUUCCCAGAGUGAUGCUCAUCUCUUUGAAAGCGGGAGCACUUGGUCUCAAUCUCACGGUGGCGAACAAUGUUUACCUCAUGGACCCAUGGUGGCAGGAAGGUAUCGAGAGUCAGGCAAUUGAUAGAUGCAAUCGUAUUGGCCAAAAGAAACCUGUUCACGUCUAUCAACUCAUCGCGGAAGAUACGGUAGAGUCUAAGGUUAUUGACAUUCAAGAGAAGAAGAAGCAUUUGGUUCAAGAGGCCUUUUCUGGUAUGAAGAACAAAGAAACUCAGCGCCAGAAGAAGGAAGCCAGGUUGAACGACCUCAUUGAAUUGUUUGGUAUCAGGCAGCUGGCCGCAAGUCAGGGUGCUUAGUUCCUGUGCGACAGGAUGCAUGAGGUUCAAUUCUAUCACAUCUUGAAGUAGGCUGUUGCGGCGAUAAUUAGAUGGAGACGAUGAUCUACUCAAUACAAUCUAAAACAUCUACGACACAUUCUUAUAUACCGUUCCUACGGAUGCGUUACCCUAAAUUUCCGAGCGUGUUAUCACGAAAGUGUUGUUUGGUUUCGUACAAGUUAUCCGUAAUACUUGGCGUAGUUGACUUCAAGCUAAUUCUUCUGUUAUGUGCUGAGUCUUGUGCUGGUAACGGAAUUUUCCACAAAAUUUUGG